CAGAGAACAGACAUUCACAGAGACACUCUUGUGACUGAUCAUGAAUCAGGUGUGCUGGAACUAAAUCCAUCAAACUCAGAUGUCAGAGGAGAAAUCGUGGCGGGGAUAUGCGCGUGCAUGAGGAUUCGUACCGUUGGGUAUUGAGGGUACGAGCAUGAGGAACGGACGGGCUCUGUCCGAUCAAUGGGCCGAUAGCGUGGUGGUGCGGCCCCGCACGACCGAACAGCACAUCACGGUGCACAAGAGACUCGUGUUGGGCUUCGCCAUCUCCAUCCUCACACUCAUCAUCGUCACGGCCAUCGCCAUCACGCUCAGCGUGAGCUUCGAGAGAUGCGCCGGGGACAGCAGCGGGGUUCAAGCCGCAAACGGCUCCAGUAACAGUAAAGUGAAACAGUCCCGGGACAGGAACAGCAGCAGAUACUCAGAGGACGUCCAGCAGCCCUGGAGACAUGUGCGCUUACCGGCUACCCUGCGCCCUCGCCACUACGACCUCCAACUGUCCGUGUACAUGGAGAACUUCACCUUCUCCGGUGAGGUGAAUAUUGAGUUUGAAUGCGUCCGCGCCACUAAGUUGAUCGUGCUGCACACGGACAGGUUGGAGAUGGAGAAAGUGCUGGUGUAUUCCGACAGUAAGAAAGCUGCAGGCGCCAUGAGGAUCCAGCGACGCUUCCACUAUCAGCCCAAGCAGGUGUAUGUGAUCGCGCUGCACAGAGAGAUGAAGCCCCUCAGAACAUACAAGAUCAACAUCACCUUUCAUGCGCCCAUUCAACAUGAACUCUUGGGAUUUUUCCGCAGUUCAUACAUGCUGCAUGGACAGAGAAGGUAUCUUGCUGUGACACAGUUCUCACCAACUCACGCAAGAAAGGCAUUCCCGUGUUUUGAUGAGCCCAUCUAUAAAGCCACUUUCAGAGUGAGUUUGAAACACGAGAGCUCGUAUCAGUCCUUGUCCAACAUGCCAGUGGAGUCCUCUACAUCUGAGGAGGAUGGGUGGGUGACCAACCAUUUCUCCAGGACGCCCCGCAUGUCCACAUACUACCUGGCCUGGGCCGUGUGCAACUUCACCUACAGAGAAGCAGUCACAGAUAAUGGAGUUGUGAUUCGUCUGUAUGCCAGACCUGAUGCCAUCGAGAGCGGAUCAGGGGACUACGCUCUUCACAUCACCAAGAGACUCCUUCAGUUCUACCAGGAUUACUUCAAAGUCAAAUAUUCCCUCCCCAAAUUAGAUCUGCUGGCUGUGCCGAAACAUCCGUAUGCAGCCAUGGAGAACUGGGGUCUGAGUGUGUUUGUGGAGCAGAAGAUCUUAUUGGAUCCUGACGUCUCCUCCUCUUCCUAUCAGAUGGAGCUCACCAUGGUUGUGGUGCAUGAGAUCUGUCACCAGUGGUUUGGAGAUCUCGUCACUCCAGUUUGGUGGGAGGAUGUUUGGCUGAAGGAGGGAUUUGCUCAUUUCUUUGAGUACAUUGGGACGGAUUUCCUCUUUCCAAAGUGGAACAUGGAGAAUCAGAGGUUUCUCACGGAUGUUCUUCACGAGGUGAUGUUAUUGGAUGGUUUAGCUAGUUCUCAUCCAAUCUCUCAACAAGUGUUUGAAGCCACAGACAUCGACAGAGUGUUUGACUGGAUUGCAUAUAAGAAGGGAGCCGCUCUGAUCCGUAUGCUGGCUAACGUCAUGGGACAGCCACUAUUCCAGAGAGGACUCAAUGAUUACUUGAUGACACACAUGUAUGGGAAUGCGGCAAGAGAUGACUUGUGGAACAAAUUUUCUGAGGUCAUGCAGAGGGAGGGGAAGGACAUCAACAUAACGGUGCUCAUGGACCGCUGGACUCUGCAGAUGGGAUAUCCUGUUGUCACCAUCAACAAGAAUGACAGUCUUGACAACAUCGUCUCCAUCUCCCAAGAGCACUUUGUUUAUGACACAGAUGCCAAGAUCCGCCAUCCUGAGCUGUUUAACAAAAGCUUCCAGUGGCAAAUUCCCCUGACGCUCACAGUGGGAAACUCCAGUCACAUAUCAACAGAGACAAUCAUCUGGCUUUCCAAUAAAACUGAGAUUCACAGAGUGAGUCCCAUGGAUGGGGAGACAUGGUUGCUGGGCAACAUCAAUCAAACCGGCUACUUCAGAGUGAACUAUGACCUCCACAACUGGAUACUUCUAAUUCAGCAGCUGAUGACAAACCCGAAGAUCAUCUCCGUGGGCAACAGGGCUGGCCUGAUCGAUGAUGUCUUCAAUCUGGCGAGAGCGGGGUAUCUGCCUCAAAACGUCCCCCUGCAGAUCAUCUCAUACUUGUCUCAGGAGAGUGAGUUUCUGCCAUGGCACGCUGCUAGUCGAGCUCUUUACCAGCUGGACAAACUUCUGGACCGUACCGAAGACCACAGUCUAUUUAGUGACUAUGUGCUAAAACAGGUGGCACCAAAGUAUCACAAGAUGGGCUGGCCAUCCACUUCCUCUGACGGCUCCUUCAUGCAGGUUGCUUAUCAGACCGAAGAGCUACAGAAAGAGGUGAUCAUGCUGGCCUGUAGUUUUGGAAACAAACACUGUCACCGCCAAGCUGUGUCUCUCAUUUCAGACUGGAUUUCCAGCAACAAGAACAGGAUUCCACCCAAUGUGCGGGACAUUGUGUACUGCACAGGCGUGUCUCUCAUGGAUGAGGAUGUGUGGGAGUUUAUCUGGAUGAAGUUUCACUCAUCCACUGUUGUCUCUGAGAAGAAGGUUCUUCUGGAGGCCUUGACCUGCAGUGACAACAUCUUUCUGCUCAGCAGGCUCCUAAAUCUUUCUCUGACCUCUGACCUGGUCCCAGAUCAAGAUGUGAUUGAUGUCAUCAUACAUGUGGCCCGCAAUCCAAUCGGAAGACAUUUAGCAUGGAGAUAUUUCAGAAAGAAGUGGGACAUCUUGAAUUCCAGGUAUGGUGAAGCCUUAUUUAUGAACUCCAAAUUAAUCAGCGGUGUGACAGAGUUUCUGAAUACUGAGGCCGAGUUGAAUGAGCUGAAAGAGUUUAUCCUGACCAGUGGAGGAGGGGCUGCACCUGCGUUCACUCGAGCCGUUGAGAUUGUUCAAGCUAAUGUAAAAUGGCACAUGCUGUACGAGCAACAGUUCUACCAAUGGCUGCGGAAAGCUCCUGAUGGUUAACGCAACACCAAGCAUGGAAAAUUCUAUUAGCAUGGAAGCUCUUUCAGACAUUUAGAGGCCUGUGACUUUAGGAGACUUAAGUGAUAAUAAAAUAGGCCUAUACAUUUUUGGAUCAUGACAAUCUGCAAAAUCAAGUUUUAUUUCCCUGCUAUUCAUGCAAUGAGCUGGCACUGCCCAAGACCAAGAUGAAGGGAACGGUUUAGAAGGAAGCUACAUUAAAGAAAUCAACAUUGAAAAUUGCAUUGUGGUGUCCAUCUGAACUGACAGAUGAUUUUAUUUUCGUUGCCCCCUUGUAUUUUGCAUGAAACUCAUUUCCUUUGUCCAAUCAUCCUGUUUGCUGAAAUGUUAUCUUUUUCUGAGUCCCAAGAAGCUCAGAUUAUCUUUGAAGACCAGACUGCAGCGCAAGGAGAUUGCUCUUCGGUGUAUAUACACAAUUUAGUCAAAGCAUAAUGAUCGUCGAAUGUGACAAUCAGUGUUUUGAUUGGACGCAAGGAAAAAGGGGGACAAAGCAGGUGAAGAGGAGAGAUAUCCAUGUAGCCUUUCUCUCUCUAAAGCCAUAAAGAGGAGCAGACUGAAUUUUAUCUCUUGUACAGGUGAUGUUUGAUAUUGUUUGAUCUGUUAUAACCUUUUCAGCUGAAGUGUGUAAUUUUUUUUUUUUUAUUUUAAAAUUCAGCUUAAUAUGUGGAGACAGCUAUUAGUAAGCUAAGUUUAAAGAGCACCUAUUAUGGUUUUUCAAAUAUUACCUUUCAUGUAGUGUGUUAUAUAGCUGUUUGUGAAUGUAAACAAGUCUGCAAAAGUUUCAAAAAUCAAAGUGCACGAUAAAUGGAGUUAUUGACUCUCAAAAGAAAGAACCGAUUCUGAACACCUGAAACGAGUCGUUAGUAAUUCCAGACUUACUUCCUGUACUAACCUAUGUCAUUUGGUAACAAAAAAAACGCCUCUGGUCUUCAAUGGCUGCUCAUGAACAGCUUUGACCUGCCCUCGAACACUACACGAAGUGGUAGACCAAUCACAACACAAUGGGACAUCUGACCAAUUAGAGCAGAGUAGGCUCUCUGAAAGGAGGAGUUUAGAAUGAAUCCUUUAGAGCGGAUCAUUGAACGAGUAAAAAAGGUAAUGCUGCAAUUUAAACUAUGAGAAAAUUAAAGUGUUUUUUGACCUUGGAUGCAUGUAAAUCUAUUGUAUGAGACCUUUAAAACCAAAUCAGGCAUGUUUAAAAACAAUAAUAGCUGCUCUUUAAGCACUUUUCAGGCCAAUCAAAAUAUUUCUCUGUUUGACUGAGCAUCCCUAGCUGCCUGACACAGCAAAAUUUGCUCAAUCAGUGGUGUGAGUUUGGUGCGAGACUAUCUUUUUGUCUGACCAGUGGAAGAUGGGGAUUGUUUUUGGUGAAAGCCAUUUGAAAACAUUGAUUAUUUUGGUAACUCCGAUUGGUGACUCAAAUUACACACUUCACCUUUAAGAUGACACUUGAUGAUCAUAGAAGAGGGAAUCUUCUAGUAAACGUUCAGAUUGCUCUCUGCAGGUUUUGGCAGGAGUGGUGAUAAUUUAACUGACAAGUGUCCCCUAUCAUUUGCAUUCUCACAAUGUUACUCUUGGCUCUCCUGUUUUUGGAGGGUGUGUCCUUGAAUCUGUGGUAUGUUUGUUUGAGUGGAAAAAAUGAUCUGAGUCAAUAUUUUUAUUUAUAAUUCAUUGAUUCACUGAAGGGAGGUCAAUGCAAUCAGUGCAAUUCUGAUAUGUGUUAUCUUUAUGAAUCAAGUACACUGUUGGGUUAUGUAUGACUGGUUGUCAUGGAGACCGAUUACACAGUGUCCUAACCAGGCAUAACAAUAUUUGUACACUAAAAUGAUAAAAAAAAAAAAAAAAAUUAAGACAAUAAAA